UGCAAUGCAAGGCCCAGUUAGUAGCAGCAGCCAGCCAUCAAAGCAACCGCAAACUCCAACAAACUCUGUUCGUCCUCCGAUCGCUCUCCGCGCUUAAUUCCAUCGAGUUCCAAUGGCGCCGGCCAUCGGCAUUGCCAUCGCGGCCCCGGCAGGCCAUCUUGGGUGGAAGAAGCAGAGCAAUAAUCAGCAGAGGGUGGCGGCGGAGGGCGGCGACGUGGCGGAGGUGGAGGCCCUGAGGCGGCGGAACGCGGAGCUGGAGAAGGAGGUGGCGGCGCUGCGGGCGGAGGCGGAGGCGGCGCGGCGGCGCGCGGAGGCGGCGGAGGAGGCCGAGGAGCUGCUCUGCGCGCAGCUGGGCGACGCCGAGGGGGAGGCCGCCGAGAUCGCUCGCGCCUACCACGCGCAGGUCCAGGGGCUCGCCAGGGAGCUCGCCGCCGCUCGCGCCAUGGCCGCCGCCGCCGCCCGGAGCAGAUAGCGCCGGAACGCUUGGAUCGUACAGCAGUAGUAGUAGAAGAAGAACAGUACGGAGUAUAUAAGAUUCGUAAGAGAAAUGUUGUUAUUGUAAAGCGGGAUUAGUGCCAGUUCUUGUAAACAAGAAUUAGUUCGUCGUUUUAGCGUCUGAAGUUCAUCUCUCCCCCGCUCGCUGGGACAGGGGUUGUUAACGAGUGUCUGAAACUCUGAAUUGCAUUCUGCCUGUCAAGAAACAACACACAAGAAUCCACAGGAAUUAAUUGCA